AUGGGAUCAGGGAGCACACUAAAGUUUGCCCUCUGCGAGGUGCUGCAGUUUGCAGCCCUGUGUGUGCCACUCUUCGUCGUGAUGCAGAGAUUCGCCAUCAUCGUGGCAAAGGUCAAAGCAUCUGCCCAGCCCCCUGGUGACACCAGCACAGCCUACUGGCUGAUCGUGGCCUCCUCCAUCGCCUACGUCACCUCCACCACUCUGCUGGUCUGGGUACCCCUGAAGUAUAUGGUCUUUAUGAAAAAGAAGUUCCUCGUCGGGAGGAAAAAGUGGAGGCCUGUUGCCCUGGUAUAUCUAAUCCUGUCCACGUUACCCUGCUUUGCCUUUCUCAUCGCCAGCUCAGAGGUUCAGAUAAAAAACAACAUAAAACACGAUACGUUUACGGAGCUCCCUGUGUCUUUGGUCUUCUUCUCCUUAAUCUGCAUUGAUGUUGUGGAGAGGAUCCGGCACUGCAGAUUGACUGGACAGGCCAAUGACAUGGGAAGAAAUCCUGAAAUCCCCUCCAUUGUCCUAACUCAUAUGGAACCAAUAUCCCCAAUCACCCCGGCCGUGUCAGGACCAGCUGUGUCUGGGCCAGCUGUGCCCGGCCCGGCUGUGUCUCAGCCACCUAUGCACAGGCAAGGUGUGCCCAAUCCUCUUCAGCCUGAAGCAGGUCAGCUGAGUGACAGAAACCACAAUGGAGCAGAAAUACAUCCAGCGACCAACGGUGCAGUUCCUGGAAUACCCGGGACUUCUGGCAGGCCAUUCGGCGUCUCUGAACUGAGUUCACCAUCAAUGAGUGGUCCAGCAUAUCAUGUGUCCCCAUAUACCUACACAGGCCAUCUGAGGUUCCUGUGUGUCAGUGAUGCCAGAGCAGAUGUCUUCGUGGACAGCUUUAUGUUCUGGAUGGAUACGGUGGAGAUGGUGAGGGUGGCAGGACAUCCAUUGGUCUACUACUCCGGCUGGGUCUUUCCCAUCUACAUCUUCAGCUACAUGUCCUGCCUACGUGUGGUGGUGAUGCCCAAUACCCCUCUUCUUUCUUCUCUUGGAGUCGCUCUGCAGGAUUUACCGUUCUUCUUCGUGCGUGUUGGCCUCAUAGCCCUCUUCGGCUUUGUCACGCCCAUCCUCUAUUUGAUGAAGAACCUGUUGGUCUGUCUGGCAUUUGUCUAUUUUAACUUCAUGACCACACUGAGAGUAUUUAACACAGAGAGGAUGUUCUUUUGAGACCAUUGAUGCAAGGCCAAAACACUGUCAGGAAAUGCAACCUGACGGUGUUCGGAAAGGGGUUCUACAAACUCAUAAUUCACAUUUCGCAAUCGGAUUAAAUGCAAAUCAAAAUGGGAUGCAGAUACACUAGAUAUAUCAUACAGUUUUGUAACCUAAUCACCAAAGAUCAGAGGAAAAACAAACAAAACAAAAAAUACAACAAUUAAAAAAAUGAAUGAAGCAAAACCUCGGUUUAUCUGAAUACAUUCUGGAACACUGGAGACAAAUGUGACAUCCAUCAGACCCCAUAUGUUUUGCCACCUCUAGUAAAGAUUUUUGAAAAGCUUCCCAGAAAAACUUGUAAUUUAUUUUUGAACAUUUAAGAAAAAUCAAACCUUUAAAAACAAAAUGACUGUCGGCCCAAACAACUAUUUCAUACCAAACAAAUUUACUCAUCGUUUUGAAGCUCUUGCUUUAUUUUUCUUAUUUGAUGAGUGUUUCAGAAUUAGUAAUGACUUCCUCUUCCCUAUAAAUAUGACAAGACAGAUUACUAAUUCAAUGAACCACUCUUCAAAAUGGGAAAGACAAGACAACACAGCAUUCAAGAAAAACAGAUGUGUGUUGUUCUUUUUCAGUGUGAAAACAAAAAAAGCCAUUUGUGUAAACAUUAUCAACCUUUCUUGGCAUCAUGCACAGUAAACAGGAUGGUAAAGGGGAUAAAAAUAAUAAUUCUUAGAGAAAUAUAACAAACAGUGACAUCUUGGAGUGAUAAAGUAUCCAGACUAACCAUUAGAUGCAUCUAUUGCCAAUUGCUUGCUGAGAGGCGUGCCAGGACAAAGAUCAUUCUAUCAUACCAUCACAAACAUGAUAGAGUUUGCUAAACUCUACAGAUAGUGUAACUGGGUGCUUUUUAGAUGAGCCUAAGUCAAGGAUGAGCCUGAUUUUUUCUUCAAUAAACACUCCAGCUAGGUUUGGUGUGAAAUUAUAGAUUAAUACAUGGAAAAGCAUGCCAUGCCCACUGUUUUGUAUGGUGGAGGAUUUGUCAUGCUGUGAGCCUGUUUCUCUUCCAUAUGUCCAAGGAACCUUGUUAGAGUGCACUGCAUCAUGAACUCUUUGAAAUACCAGGACAUUUUAAUACAAAUCUUGUGGACUCGGCCAGUUAACCUGAAAAUGAGUCAUCAGUUACAACAUCUAUCCAUAUCAGCACAGAAACAGUUCACCAGACAGGAAAUCAACCUUCUUUCUUGUCCCUCCCCAGAGGGGUGCAAAGAGGAAUAGUCAAAGGUCCCUCUCUAUGUAUCCACCUUCUGAAAUGUUACAGCUGUUAUUAAGUCUUAUCAAAGCUGUCCUUUUGUGAAAAGGGGGCUGAUUCUAUUAAAACCAGUUAUUUAUUAUUAUGUAUUUUAUUACUUGAGUACAUUUAUUUCUAAAUAAAUGUACU